GAUUUCUUAUUUCCUCUGAUGAUUGUCCACAGCGACGACGACGACGACGAGGAUUUUGACCAAGAAGACAAUCUUCCGUCGGGACGUCGACGCGAGCUGAUCGUGCCGACGCGCGUGGCCCCGACGCCGACCAUCCAGCAAGCUCAGCCAGUAGUGACUCUAGCUCAACCGGCAGUGACUCUAGCUCAGCCGGCAGUGCCUCAAGCUCAGCCAGCAGUGCCUCAAGCUCAGCCAGCGAGAGUCGCUCCUUCUGCAACCGGCCCGACGACCCGUACCAUCCCCACUGCUGCGAGAACAAGGGCUGUUCGGACUGCAGCUGUAAUUGCUGCUGCUGCUGCUGCUGCUACUACUACUGCUUCGGGUGGUUCGGCUGGGGCUCCUGCUGCUCCGAGUACUCCAACUCGGCCUGCUCAGCCCGCUCAGCCCGCUGUGGUUCAGACGACUCCUGCUGCACGACCCGCCGCUUCCUCUCUGCAAGCCAAUGGGGAUUUCACGCCAGCCAUCCAACUGCUCAAGAAUGCAAUCGGUGGCCAUCCGAACAAGCAGUGCAUGGAAUCCAGCGCGUUCGGCGUUUUUGGAUUGAAGCCGCAGUUAGCAACGCUCGUCAAAGCCAAGUACGGCACGAUUCGAGCGUUUGUCGAGGCACAUCCUGGCGAUUUCCGACUCUUUGCAGAUGCUUCUAACAAGCGAUGGAUUGGAUUGGCGUCGGAUCAUCAAGCAUCACAAAGCGCGCCCGUCAACAACGUUGUCGGAACCUCGUUUGCACCGCCGCAGCAUCCCUUGAACCAGGAGGCGCAACAUUCGGGCCCAACAGACGAGGCUGGUACUAGCGUUGCUCAACAACGUCCGCUUGUCGAUGUGACCGAAGCGGAGCGUCGCUUGCUCGAUGCUGCAGCCCAGCGACUCAGAUCGUGGCUCAAAGACCGUCCGUCGCAAAGCUCGACACUUGACGGUGCUGCUGGCACAUGCAGCUCCAACCCAGAGCUGAGCACCCUCAUGCGUCGGAUCUCGUUUGUCGCGUUUGUUUCAGCGUAUUCCGACCUUUUCCGCGUUUUUACAAACAGCGCCUGCAUGCUGUGCGUUACGCUUGCCGGCAGCCCGAAUUCAUCCAGUUCGACACUCCCCCCAUCCGCUGCUUCUCGUCCUGCUGAAAUCAAACAGAGGCAGUCGUUGCCGGUGUCGACGACAAGGCCUGCAACGAUAAUGACCGCAGCUUCGCAACUCGGAUCAGCCUCGUCUCUACGCGCCAAUGAGGAUUUCGCGCCAGCCAUCCAACUGCUCAAGAAUGCCAUCAGUGGCCAUCCGAACAAGCAGUGCAUGGAAUCCAGCGCGUUCGGUGUUUUUGGAUUGAAGCCACAGUUAGCAACGCGCGUCAAAGCCAAGUACGGCACGAUCCGAGCGUUCGCCGCUGCUCAUCCUGGCGAGUUCCGGCUUUUUACAUCUGCUACUAACAAGCGAUGGAUUGGAUUGGCAUCCAAUGGGGUUGUAUCGAGUACGGCGCUUGCAAGCGUUGAAAUUUCAGCUAUGACAACCCAUCGAGGGCCUUCUGCUUCAGCGCCCGCAUCAGACUACAGACCAAGUUUAGCGCAAGGCUUGACAACUCUGAAUCUGGAUGCGGGACAUUUGGCACCGGCCGACCCAGUCGUACAACAACUCAGCUCCGGUCCCCUCCCCGACAUUUUUCCUUCGUUUUGCGAGCUGCCCAGGGACGGUUCCUUCCAGAGCUCUAGCGCCCUGCUCGAAUCUGUCGAGUUCUACGGUCAAAGUGUCCUCUCAGAUCUCGACGACGACGGUUCGGCCCCUCUCGACGAUGGUUCGGCCCCUCUCGACGACGGAUCGGCCCCUCUCGUCGGACCGAUCGGAUUCGCAACGCUCGGUGGACUGAAGUACAACUUUGGAUCAGAAUACAACGGAUAUGCCGCCGGGGGAUCUGACUACGACGUGGCUGCAGCGUACGAUGGUUCUGCUCCUCUAGAUGGACUCAUGCUAACGGCCGAGGAUGAUGCAAUUCCGACCGCUCUGGCUAUGGUCAUAUUGCGGGUUCCCUUGCCGCCAGGAGAGUGCGGCCGGUUUAUUGGCCUUAGAAGCCAAAAUUUGAUCUCCAUCCGCGCGCGAACCGGAGCCAUUGUUUGGUUUGAAGCGGCGAGCUCUUGUUUAGUGCUCGAGGGCUCAUCCGAGCAGGUUGCAUCAGCCAAGGAAAUGAUCGACGGACAAAUUGCAGCGUUUGAGCAGGGGGGCCAGUCUGUCUAUCUACAUCCAAACCGCGCUCUCGUGUUACUCUCGUCUCGCUUAAGCACUGCAUCGAGUCUGUUUUUCGUCCGCGACCAGCGUCCAAGUUCGUCCCAACACAGCUAUCAGAAGGAGACGUACCGACUGUCGGCUACUGCAGAGCAGUCUCCCUCCCGUUCAAAACCCUCCUCACCCGUCAGAAGAUAUCAAACUCAACGUCAAGCUCGCUCAUUCUAUUGCUCAGAUGAAAAGCACCAUGCUUUGGACGAGGUUCGUGCUGCCAUCUCUAAAAUCGUCGAGCAGACGAAGGAGCAGGAAGUGUAUCAGACACUCCCUGUUUCGUUUUUGCACGACCAGCAUGGAAGCCAGGUUGUCCAGCCAGACGGAAGCACACCACAAGUCGAAGAGGCUGAGCUGGUCAUUUUUUUCAAAUUUGGCCGGCAGUUUUUCUAUCCGACCUCGAAAUUGCGUCAACUUCCUUCCACCGUGACACCGUCCCAACUUCGACGCAUGGUCAUCGGACAUGACGCCGAUCUCAAGGCAGUUUUUGUCAACGACGUUCCCCGGGAAUUAUCGUCCUCAGUCUUUGACCGCCUUCAGAUCGCCGGAUUUCGGGAAGCUAAAACAACCGAGUUGGUGUUUAUUAAACUCACGAAUCGCAUCAACCAAACCGGCGAAUCGCGCGAGUUCAUUUUGAACGAUGGAGGCCAGUUGCUGCAAGACCCUGCAAACGACCCAUAUGCCGUGGGCGAGGGGUUUGUCUACCUAUCCGCCAUUCUUGGGCACCCAAUUUAUGAUUUCCGCGUUGCCGUACAUGCGCUGACCAUUCCACUCACGGCGUCCGACUGGGAGGCUAGCGAGUUUCACGAGCAGUUUCUUGGGGCCCAAUGGGCUGAUGGGCGUGUUUUAUUACCGUCACUCCAGCAAGAGUACUUCGAAGUCGACUGGUGGCGACGUAAGAGUGUUCGUGUUCUUCUUGGAGCCAUCCAAGGAAUUUCGGUCGAGUUUACCUUUACAGACGUCAUCGAUCCGGACGGCCCGCGACAGGAGGUCUUCUGCAAAGUGCUUGCGAAAGAUGUGAAGGUCAUUGAGAUUCUAGCUCCAUUUGUGGACAGUUUGAUCCCUCGAGAGCACAUUUGAUCACUUGAGAAAGAAAGCAAAAUGUGCUUUUGAACUGGUUUGAUGUCUUUGAGAAAACCAUUUGUGUGUACGUGGGCGGGUACUGCUUGGUUGACAACAUCG